AGGGGAACUGGUCAUUCAGCGAAUGUCUUCAGUCGCCGAUUCCCUACGGCACAAUCGGUUAAAGCACGAUUCGUCAUUGCAGAUGGAAAAUGGGAGGAACGUUGGGUUCAAUCGAAACACAAGGACGACUAUGGUACUUUUAAGUUGGCCGUUGGUAAAGAUUUUGAUGACGAGAAACGUGACCAAGGUAUCCAGACAUCUAAGAAAUUCUCGAAUCGAGACAAGAAGAUCAUAAUUCAGUACAGCGUAAAGCAUGACCAGGAUAUCGACUGUGGUGGUGGAUACAUAAAGGAUCCUAAUGCGAGCAAACCAGAAGACUGGGAUGAUCGGGAAUACAUUGAUGAUCCGAAUGACAGCAAACCGGCCGACUGGGAUAAGCCAGAGUAUAUCAAGGAUGCGGACGCCAAGAAACCGGAAGACUGGGAUGACGAUAUGGAUGGUGAGUGGGAGCCACCAAUGAUCGAGAAUCCAGAAUUCAAAGGCGAAUGGCUACCGAGAACAAUCCGGAACCCUGAUUACAAGGGUCCAUGGCUGCAUCCGAUGAUAGAUAAUCCUGAUUUCAAAGAAGAUCCAGAAAUCGGUAUAUAUGAUGAUUGGGGUGCGAUCGGUUUUGAUCUGUGGCAAGUGAAAGCAGGAACGAUCUUCGAUAAUAUUGUCAUCACGGACGAUUAUUCAACAGCGAAGGUUUGUUUCUUUGGGCGCAUCAAUUCUCCGCUGCGCAUUUUUUUUCGAACUGCACAUUCGUUGAAAGCGAACAUUUUUAUGUUGUAUCAAUGCAAUUGA